UGGUGGGCCUCUGAGAACUGAGAUCCUGUAACGUCGUGUGACACUUGAGGAAGAAUGUUAGGAUCCGGCGAGGAACGGUUGGUUGCAAAGGUUGGUUGACUUCUUCUCACUACACACUUAGUCUACUGCAACACACGACGAGGGAAGGAGGGUACAUACAUCGUGUGCUGUGUCUGGCUGCUGUUUUCGGUUGGAUGCGUUGUGUGAUCACACUGUAGAUCUAUCUAGAUAUCUAGAUCUAGUAGUUCUUCUUGCGAGCAAAAACAACCAAAACAAGAGUGCAUCACGCUGCAACAGGUGUCUUUGAGCACAAUGAUGCCGCCGACAGCGCCGCCUACCGGUGGCGUAGAGAGGUCCGUCGGGACAUGGUGGGCUUCAAUGACGAGGAGAAAGACGCCAUGCUGGACCGGCACAACUCGCUGCGGAGCGUGGAAUUUGCCAGUGACAUGAUGAGGAUGGACUGGGACACGGAUCUGGAGAAGUCGGCCCAGGUGUGGGCUGACAAGUGUAUCUUUGGCCACAGCCCGGACCGGCAAGUAGAGAAGUACCGCUAUGUCGGGGAAAACCUGUAUGCUGGGACAAAUGAGUUCGACCCAGCACAUGUUGUACAGCUGUGGUAUGAUGAGAAAGUGGACUACAAUUACGACAGUUUGAGAUGCACACCAGGGAAAAUGUGCGGUCACUAUACUCAGGUGGUGUGGGCCAACAGCCGAGCUGUAGGGUGUGGAGUUCGAUACUGUCCCUUUCUCCAACAGGCAUCCCAGUUUGGUUUCUCCAAAGGCUACAAUGUGGUGUGCCAUUACGGGCCAGGGGGUAAUUACGUAGGCCAGAAGCCUUACAUACGUGGGUUUGGCUGCUCCAAUUGUCCAGACGACGCGCAGUACUGUGGUGAAAACUUGUGCUACCGAACAUUUUUGUUCCAAUCGGCGCACACUGCACGACCAAUGGUGUGGGUACAAGUGCUGUCCUGCGUUCUUCUGCUGCUGCUACAGAGGCGGGCUUAGAGGGCAGAUUGUUGCCUUGUUCUUUCCUGCCUAGCAUCCGACCAAAGGAAUGAAUGGAGAACCAUGAUCGCCGAUGUCGGUCGCAAAUCUGGCGCUGGAUGAUGAUGAUAAUGAUGAUGAGUCUCAUUGUACUUUCACAUUUUAUGUCAACAACUGACUGGGAUUACAGAUGUAAAGUGGUGGAAUGCAAAAAGUGUAUAGAAAUUCUGAAAAUGUAUGACUGUUGAGAGAAGAUUGUCACCUAAGAUUA